UAGGUUGCCUUUUGCGGCUUUGGUGUUUUGGUGGCGCUUCUGGAAGAUUCAGUACCGCAAACCCUAAGCAAACCCUAGAACACAUCCCCUGGGAGAGGUGGGAGAAGACGAGAAGCCGCUUCGCGAUUACCGAUUCUCCACAGUCUCACUUCUCUUGCCCGAUCCCUCUCUCUUCUUCCACUCCCAGGUCCGCUCUCCACCCCCUUCUUCUCCGUUUCUAUCGAUCGGUGAUCGGCAAUGGCGUCUUCGGUGCAGCCGGCCUCCGUAGAAACCUUGCCUCCAACUGCUGAUGUUGUUGGGAAUGCUUUUGCCCAUCAGUACUACCAUAUUUUACAUCAGUCGCCGCAACAUGUCCAUCGGUUUUAUCUGGGCGACAGUAAGCUUGGGCGUCCUGGAGCGGAUGGAGUAAUGAGCAUGACUACUACGACGGAAGCUAUCAAUGAGAAGAUACUAUCUCUUAAUUGUGGUGAAUUCAGGGCUGAGAUUGUUACUGUUGAUGCACAAGAAUCUUUGAACGGGGGAGUUCUUGUGCUUGUGACUGGAUAUUUGACUGGAAAGGAUAACUUGGGCAGGAAAUUUACACAGAGUUUCUUCCUUGCACCACAGGAGAAGGGUUACUUUGUUUUGAAUGAUGUCUUCAGAUAUGUUGAAGAUACUAAUACUAUCCAUCAGAAUGUAAAUCAGGCUGUUGUCAAUACUGUAGUUGAUCCCGUUAAUCCUGUUGAUGCUGCUUCUCCUGCACUGGCAAGUCACGUGCCUGAGGAAGCAGCUGCUGAAUUAACAGAAGAUAAUGGUGAGGUGAUAAACAAUUCUGACGAUGAUGGUAAAGUUCCAGCUCAAGAAGAUGAAGUAGAACAAGUACAAGAGAUUGUUCGUGAAGUUCCAGUUCCAGAGAUUGUUCGUGAAGUUCCAGUUUCAGAGAUUGUUCGUGAAAUUCCAGUUCCAGAGAUUGUUCGUGAAGUUCCAGUUCCAGAUGACGGGCAUCAGGUGGUGGCUGAAUCGAAUGCUAAAAUUGAAGAUACCCCAAAAAAAUCAUAUGCCUCUAUUUUGAAGGUUAUGAAGGAAAGUGUACCUGCUCUCUCAACUUCUCCAGCUCCUCCGAAAUCUGCUCCGAGGAGCCAUGAGCAAGUGUCUGAUGUACCUCCUCCAGCCCCAGUUGCUGAAACUCAGAUCUCUACAACAGACGUUAGUGAAAAUGGAAACAUGCAGGAGGCUGAAGGGGAUGGUCAUUCUAUCUAUGUGAAAAGUCUGCCCAUGAAUGCUACGCCUGGCCUUCUUGCAACUGAGUUCAAGAAGUUUGGACCCAUUAAGAACGGAGGUAUUCAGGUUCGAAGCCAAAAGGGUUUCUGCUUCGGCUUUGUGGAAUUUGAAGUAGCAAGUGCCGUGCAAAGUGCACUUGAGGCUUCGCCUAUCAUGAUUGGUGGGCGUCAAGUGGUGGUUGAGGAGAAGAAGUCUACUAGUCGAGUGAAUAAUAGGGGACGGUUCAUACCUGGAAGAGGAACUGGAUAUAGAAAUGAUGGGGUAAGAGGGCGUGGUAACUAUGGAAAUGGUGGUAACUAUGGAAAUGGUGGAAACUAUGGAAAUGGUAGAAACUAUGGCCGUAAUGAUUUCAACAACAGGCCUGAAUAUGCUAACAAGAACGGUAAUCGUGGAGGGUUCUCUAAUCAUCGUGGUGGCGAUGGAUAUCAAAAGGGGGGCGACCAUAUGGGAGGCUAUGGUGGAGGACGUGGUAACCGUGCUGGAG